AAAAAAAAUUUUCUUCUUUUUAAAAAAUAAAUAUGUCCAUAGUUUUAUCAAAUUUAUUACUUGACGGAUAUACCAAAAUCCUUAAAACUGGUGAAUUUUUCGAUGUAGAAAUAUUAGUUGGAGAAAAUACAAACACAAAAAUUUUUCGUUUACAUUCUCUUGUAUUAAGAGUUUGUUCGCCUUAUUUUCGUAGUGCUUUUUCAAAUAAUUGGGUAAAAAUUGAAAAUGAUAUUAUUAAGUUUCAAAAACCUAACAUUUCUGUUAAAGUAUUCGAAAUUCUUAUAAACUAUAUAUAUAGUGGUAAACUUGAACUCGCAAAUAAUGAUGUUAAGACGAACAUUGCACUUUUAAUUGCAGCUGAUGAAUUAUGUCUUAAUGAAUUAUGUCCCUAUAUCGAAAAUUAUCUUCUUAACGACAAAGAGUCAUUGAAGUCUAACUUUGUUCUUAUCUUACAAACCGUAAAUAAAUUUGAACAAUUUAAAAAACUAGCACAAUUAUGUAAAGAAGCUUAUCAGAAGGAUCCUUCACUAGUUUUAAGAGCAGAUGAUUUCGUUACAAUUGAACAAGAAUACCUUCUUGAAUUUUUGACCGAAAAUAAUGAUUCUUUAAGACAAAUUGAAGUCUGGGAUAAGCUUAUUCAAUGGGCUAUUGCAAAUUCUAAUAAUGAAUUACCAUCUGAUAUCAGGAAUUGGACCAACAAUAAUGUAACAACAUUUGGUAUCUUAAUUCAACCAUUUAUCUCCCAUAUUAAUUUUCAAAAAAUAAGUAGUAUGGAUUUUUUUCAAAAAAUCAAACCGUUUAAAAGCAUUUUUGAUGAUAAGCUUUAUAUUAAGAUUAUUGAAAAUUAUUACAUUAAUUAUAUUCUUACAGAUCUGGCGGGUCCGCAAAUAGUAGAUUCUCAAAUAAUUAACUUAAGGGAUGCUUCAUUUAUUUGUAAUUGGAUCAAGGUUAUGAAAAAACAAAGACUGGAAAUCUCUUAUGAUUUUAAUUUACUCGUACGUGGAAGUAGGGAUGGAUUUGAUACAGAUACAUUUCAUAAUCAUUGUGAUAAUAGGGGACCUACUGUUACUAUUGCUCGUGUUAAAAAUUCCAAUGAGAUUCUUGGAGGAUUUAAUCCAUGUAAUUGGAAUUGCGUGGGUGGUAAAUUUAUUAGUACUAAAGAAAGUUUUAUAUUUUCUUUAGAUAAAAAUAAUCUAGAAAAUUCUAUUUUUAGUAAAGUUAUUGAUACAAAACAUGCAAUUUACAAUUAUAUUGGUUUUGGGCCAUGUUUUGGAUUGGAUGAUUCAGAUUUUGUAUUGUUCUAUGACGAAUAUAAGGGUCAAUGUGUUAUAAAUAGUUAUGAGAAAGCAAUUAGACAAAGUGAUGGAUAUUUUGAAGUAGAUGAUUACGAAGUAUUUCAAGUUAUUUACAAAUAAUUAUCUCAAAAAGAUUAAGAAAGUAGUUUGUAUUGGUAUAUCAAGGUAAAAUCAAAAUUUUUUUACGCCAUAGUGAUAUCGAUUCAUGAUAGACCAAAUUAAGAAAUUUGAGUUUUUUUUUGAGUUUUUGGAAAUUAUUUUUAUUUGGUCUAACCAUAGUUCUUAUUAAGUCAGAAAUAUAGUGAUUUUUGGACAUCAUGUCAGCUGAUGUCUUUGACGUCAUGUCGAACAUCAAUUUCAUAUAUCAGACGAGAUGUCCAGAAAUCUACCUUUUUUUUCAAUUUUUUUUUUUUUUUUUUGAUGAAAAUAGAGAUAUAUAUGUAUAUUCAUUUGAUAAAAAUGUUAUUUUUGAUUUUAUUAUUUUUUUUUUUCUCUUUUCUAAACAAAG